CUCAUUGACCACUGUUUGUGAUGCCAAUCCAAUCAUCGCCUCGGAUCGAACGGUAUUAUACUGGUUACGGGAGUGAUAGUGAUACGACAAGCGAAGGAAAAUGCCUUGAGGCAACAGAGGGGUCGGCAGUGCAAGGAGAGGGGAGUGCGUUGGACAGUCGGACCAAUGAAUUCACGGCGAUACCGACGACACCGGAGGAGUAUCUCACGUUGGUGAGGCAACAGGUUAAGACCGGCCCCAAGGUGGUGGCGAUCGCUAAGGAGGGAAGGGAAGAUUUGGCUGCCCCUGAAGUAGCAGUGGAGAACCUGCCGACUGACACAUCUCUGGAAGUGCUCGGUGAUAGGCUGAAAUCGUCCGAAAUUGUCCAAGGAGUUCUGGAUUGCUUUGAAGCACUCCGAGCCCGAUUGGCAACCUUGCGAGGCGAUGAGAAUGGGGACCUAAUGAAGAUAAUGAAGACUGUCCAAUUCGACGAUACGCUACUAGAUUCAGCCCCAUCAACUGGAGUAAUCACCUCAAUGGCGCCUUCGAGUGUAGUUGAAGCGAUCGAGUCUUUGGUGCAGCGAAAAGUGCCCGAGGAGAAGGCGGAUGCAUGGUUGGAUUGGGGAUUCUGCUUGCUCGCUGCGCUAGAUACUCCCCUGCUGGACUGCACCAUGAGCUCUCUACAGGUGCUCAAGAGGCGGUGUGUAAACCUUGCUACUUCCGCGAAGAGUGGAGAAGAAGUGCAGUGUAAAAGCCUGAUAUUAAUCGUUAUCAUACGAGGUUUCUUUGGACAAUGCUAAUC